UGAGUACGUUAGAUUCAGCAAAGAUAUCAAUAUGAGAGUGCUCAUAGCUCUAGCGGCUUUGUUGGUAGCAGUUAGUGCUCUUCCCAUUGAAGAGCGUGUCAGUGGAGAAAAUGGGUGGUUUGUGCCCCAGAAAGAUGGCAGUUUUGAGUGGAUGGACAUACAGGACGCCGAGGAGCUCCUGGAUAGCAAUACUCUCAUCGAAGGACGUGCCAAUGACGUGUCCUUCUACCUGUACACCAAACAUAACCCAACCACUGGCAAGGAAAUCAGGGCUGAUGCUUCCUCAAUAGAAGACUCUCACUUCGAUAAGAACCAGGGCACCCGAUUCGUAAUCCAUGGAUGGGGUGGACGCUACACCGAUAGCAUGAACGUCAAGAUCACCAGAGCCUGGCUUUCGAAAGGAGACUACAACGUGAUCGUAGUUAACUGGGAUCGUGCCCAGUCCGUGGACUAUAUCUCAUCGGUGCGAGCUGUGCCUGGAGCUGGAGCCAAAGUGGGAGAAAUGAUUGAGUAUCUGCACGAACACCAUCAUAUGUCCCUGGAGAGCCUGGAAGUUAUCGGACACAGUUUGGGUGCCCAUGUGGCUGGCUUUGCUGGAAAGCAGGUGGGAGGCAAGAGAGUCCACACGAUUGUCGGUCUGGAUCCUGCCAUGCCCCUGUUUGCCUACGACAAGCCGGACAAGCGACUGUCCACCGAAGAUGCCUUCUAUGUGGAGUCCAUCCAGACCAAUGGCGGUGAGAAGGGCUUCCUGAAACCCAUUGGCAAAGGCACCUUCUAUCCGAAUGGAGGUAGAAAUCAACCAGGCUGCGGUACAGACAUCGGAGGAACCUGCGCCCACGGACGAUCCGUCACCUACUACGUGGAGGCUGUCACGGAGGAUAACUUCGGAACCAUUAAGUGCCACGACUACCAGGCUGCGUUGGCCAACGAGUGCGGAAGCACCUACAGUGGAGUUCGCAUGGGAGCUGUUACCAACGCCUACAUGGUCGAGGGCGUCUUCUAUGUCCCUGUGAACAGCCAGGCCCCCUUCGGCAAAAUCGAAUAGAGGGGCAACUUUUAUUUUCAUCAUCUUAUCAAAAUUCAAAAAUGAAUACUCCAAUAAAGAUAGUCAUUCUUUGAUUUGAAGUAUACUAGGAUUUAAAACCA